ACUGACGUCCUCGCAGUCGAACGCCUAUAGCCUGCACGGCUGUGUCCAUGCCUCUCGUUCAUUGUUGAACCAUCGACGAACGGAUAGAGAAAGACAUUGAUUCAAGUUUCACAACGAGAAACGUGGUGCGGCACUUUUGCACCGCGAGGAAAUCCAGUUCUGAUAAAUCAGCCGUACAAUUAAACGUAAAAUUCGCAGUUAUUCCGUCGAAGCAACAAGCAUAAAACUAUUAAACAAUACGUUUGGUUAUAUCGGUGUGCCUGGAAGGAAGGGCUGGAACAACGUGUACGAGUGUGAAUUGUGUUCCGGAUCGGAAAUGCAAAUAUACGCGGCCUUCUUGGUAGUGGUGUGCUGCUUCCUGUGUCCCUUGUGUGCGGGCGACGAUCUAAAACUGGACGAUGCCUCGUCGUCUUCGAUAAGCAAGAGCAAGGCGGACCAGGCAGGCAUGGCUGCGGGCGAACAACGGCUCGGGGAUCAAAUUCGAGCGAUUCUGAAACAUUAUCAGCAAGAUGAUCCGGUCGGGCUGCCGGGUGCGCCGAUACCUGAUCCGAUGCCGGUUCCAGACAUGAAACACUCCUUUUCCAUGUACACGAUGCACUUCAAACAGAUAAAUGUCUACGGCUUGGCCAAGUUCCGCAUCGAACAUGUGGAAUCGGAACUGGCUCGUAUGCAGGUCUCCGUCGCAGUGAAAAUCGACAUUUUGGAUAUUCGUGGAUUGUACACGCUGGCGUCAUGGCUUUCGAAGUCGGCCGGUGAUUUCUCGGUGAAGCUGACUGGUGUGAACGUCCAAGGUAUCGCUAGGCUGGAGGUCGGGACUGACGGGAAACUACAGGCCCAAGACAUUGACAUGGACCUGACGUUUGACAAAAUCGACUUGGACUUCAAGAAUUUGGGAUUCCUGGGUUCGGUUUUCCAGGGGGUCAUCAAUUCGAUCGGCACCUUCAUGUUUGACAGCAUCAAGCCGUUCAUAUUGAAGGAGGUCAAUAUGAACGUGAGGGGCGAGGUGAACAAGCAAAUAUCUCAAUUGCCACAAUAUUUCCCGAACUCGAUCUCACCUUUUGACAUGGCGGUCGCGGAAGCUCGCAAGCAAGUCCGCUUGAUGGGCUACGAUCCUUAUAGAGUGCAGGAUUAUACCCAGAGUGCCGGGGUGUUUACUGUAACCUCGUCACACACCUGGAUUACCGGUCUGGCCAGUUUCUAUCGCAUGGGAAACAUCACUAUAACCAUGGAGAAAGGAAACGUCUACCUGCUACUGGACAUCGGCACUCAGGAGCUCACAGGCAAGACGCACUGGGAGGUGAGCGUGAUCGGCGGGUUCUUGUCGCGGGCCGGCACAAUGUCCUUCACCGUCCAAUACUUCCGGAUGCAGAUAAAGCUGGGCCAGCCGUUGGACACGCGAAAGCGCGCCUCCCUGGAGGAACUGGAGCUCGAGUUGGGCAACAUCCAGACAAGAAUCCACGGAGCUGGCACGUUGGACUAUCUCAUGGAAGCCAGCGUUAAUAUAUUGCCAAACCUUUUAAGGUAUCAGAUUAUGGAUGCCAUCGAGGGGCCUUUGAAGAGACGCAUACAGGAGGAACUGAACAAAAUGGAUGUAGAGAAAUUGAUCGACGAUAAAAUACCGGAAAUUGAGGAGCAAGCUAGGUGGAUGCACGGUUUCAAGCCUGCGGAAGAGACGAUCUUGGAGACACCGACUCCGUCACCAGAUGAAGACAGUCAAGUGCCGUUCUCCGAAAGCGAAGAGAAUCGGGGACUAUCGUAAGAAAUAGAAUACGCGCAUAUUGAACUUUUUUUAACUUAAAUAAUUUUCACGAAGAAAGAAGCGCGCGUUAUUAGCGAUAUAUUAUUUGAUUUUAAGGUUGGAUUUUAAGGAUUGAUUUUAAGGUAAGUAAUGACAAUCGCAACGCAAAUAUUAUGUUCCUCGUAUUAA